AUGUGGGAUUCAAUGAUAGAGAAAGUGAAGAAAGUCAUAUAUCGAUAUGAGGGCAAGCAAGAAGAUGAGGAGUCAAGUCUGUACUCGGUUAUUUAUGACAUAUUGAUUGCUAGGUGGACAAAAGGAAAUAAUCCACUUCAUUGUUUAGCUCAUUCACUUAAUCCAAGAUAUUAUAGCAAAAAGUGGAUUGAAGAAGGUCCUGGCCGUGAACCACCCCACAAGGAUAAAGAGGUAUCAAAAAUGAGGAUGGUUUGCUUCAAGAAGUUAUUUCCCAUGCCGGAAGAAUUGGCUAAAAGCGUCUUUGAAGAUUUGGUCUUUGUGCACUCAAAUCUGAGGCAUCUGUCAAGAAGAACUGAUGCAUACAAGACAGGAGAGACAAGGAUGUGGGAUGUAGGAGGGAUUCUUUUGAUUCACUUGGUGGUGUUGGCAUUCUUGAAGUGGCUGAUCUGUCCCUUGAUGAACCUGAAUCGCAAGUCUGUGUCUUUUGGUCCGGAUGAGCUGCCGGUUGAUAUUGUGGAUGACAAUGAAACAAUUGAGGAAUAG